AUGUCGACGAUCUCCAAGGAACAGCACGAUGAGUUAUGCGUGGCGUACGCUUCCAUGAUCCUCUUCGAUGCAGAACAUGAGAUUACUUCCGAAGCUAUUGAUCAGAUUGUGCAAGCAUCGGGUAACGAAGUAGAGCCAUAUUGGCCAACUCUCUUUUCUUCGCUUUUAUCGAAGGAAGGAAAGGUUUUGGAUAUCAUUUCCACUGGUGGAGCUGCCGCUGGACAAGCCAAUGCUUCUGCUCCAGGUGCUGCUUCUGGAAAUGCUGGUGGUGAAGUCGAGAAGGUGGAGGAGAAACCCAAGGAAGAGGAAGAGGAAGCUGACCUUGGAGGCGGCAUGGACAUGUUCGGAGGAGACGAAGACUACUAA